CGGACCUUCCCGGGGAUGCUGACAGGAAGGGGCGGAGCCCACGCAGCCCCGCGCCAGACGGGAGGGAGCGGCCGGCCGGAGGGCGCUGAGGCCGCUGCCCGUGCAGGAGGCGGCGGGUGGCCACCGCCCGACCUUGCUGGGCAGCGCGCGGGGCAGCGGAGACCCUCGGCCGGCUGGGACACCGCCAUGGCCCCCGCCGACGUCCCGUCCGCCCUGGCGCUCAGGGCCGUGGGCCCCGCGGCCGCCACCCCGUACGGUGUCUUCUGCAAGGGGCUCUCCCGCACCCUGCUCGCCUUCUUCGAGCUGGCCUGGCAGCUGCGCAUGAACUUCCCGUACUUCUACAUCGCGGGCUCCGUGAUCCUCAACAUCCGCCUGCAGGUACACAUUUAGAGCCGCGCCUGCGUGCCCGGCCUCCGGGCAGCCGCAAAGAUGGCCGCCUCCCGGGCCGCCCCGCGCGCGGCCCCGCCGAGACGCGCGUGCGGAACGUGCCCACCCGCGAGAGCGCGCGCGCGCGCGGCCGCCUCCCAGCGGCCCCUCUCCCGGAUUCCGAGGUGGGAAGGCUCGCGCCCAGGCCGUUAAGAGCACGGGUGUGGAUGUUCCAGAAGCGGAGGGACUGAGGCCCGUGGACGCACCCAGGGAAUGCACAUCAGGAGACCCCCGCACAGUCUUAGGGUGUGGCAGAGGGCACAGGCUGCGUUGUGAGAGAGGAAAACCUUUACGUUUUUCAAGAACACGGAUUUCCAUCCAGCUUGCGUUCCGAAUUAAUCUUUGAGGAUAUUGGACUGUGAGCUAGUCACUGAAUCAGAGGCCUCUUAUGUCAUGAAUGGGAUCUGAAAAGCAGGUAUCUUCCACCAGAGGAGACAUUGAAACUGUGGGUCAAAGCCAGACUACAGGAAAGCUUGUCCCCAGUGCCAAAUAUGACAGCACGGUUUUGAACGGAUGGUGAGAGUGUGUGACGAUGUCUCUGUCAAGACACAUUGGAGCCAAAGGAAAGAAAGUCCAAUCGUGGGCAGAAGAAUUGGCUGCCCUCUGAUAGGAAUGCAAAUGAACCAAAUAUGCCGUUCUUCUUUAAAGGGAAUACUUAAUUUUGGUUACAGAGUAAAAUGCAGAUUGUUACAAACCUUCUGAAAAUACAGUUGACAAGUGGAAGGACGAGAAAGUAAAUGGAUUGGUGGUGCCCUUGUGGGGUGGGAGGGAUAUAGAUAUAUAUUGAAUGAUGAGGGCAUUUUGUGGAUUGUGGACAGCCUAAAGUUUCUAACUGCUAAAUGGAAGGGUAACCACGUGAAGUAAACAGGAAAUGCCCAAAAGUGGAGUGGUUUGAAUGUCCAAAAAAAAAAAGAGCAAAUACCUGGUAUAUGUGAAUGUAUGCUAGAGACUUUUCCAAAUGUGGGAUUAGUACUUAUAUUUUAUUUUGAAAUAAAACUGAAGUCAUUAUAAA